GUGGAGGAGGAGGAGGGAGAGAGAAGCCCGAGAGAAACUUGUCUUGGGGAUUAAUAGGAGGCAGGAGGAGGGAGAGGUGCACACAGGAAAUCACCGGGACCAUGAGGGCGACCCUUGCGUUCCUCCUCCCGCUGGCGCUGGCGCUGGCGGCGAGCGGGCAGCGCCGCAAACCGCCCCGCCGGCCCACCCGGCCUCCCUUGCCCUUCGAGGAGCCCGUGGAGCCCACAGAGCUGCCCCCUCCCCUCCCUCCGGGCCCCCCGUCCGUGUUCCCCGAAUGCCCGCGCGAGUGCUACUGCCCGCCCGACUUCCCGUCGGCGCUGUACUGCGACAGCCGCAACCUGCGCACGGUGCCCGUCAUCCCCGCGCGCAUCCACUACCUGUACCUGCAGAACAACUUCAUCGCCGACCUGCCCGAGGAGUCCUUCCGCAACGCCACCGGCCUCAAGUGGGUCAACCUGGACAACAACCGCAUCCGCAAGGUGGACAGGAAGGUGCUGGAGAAGCUGGAGAACCUCAUCUUCCUCUACAUGGAGAGGAACCAGCUGAAGGAGGUGCCCGCCUUCCUGCCGCCCAACCUGGAGCAGCUGAGGCUCAGCAGGAAUCAGAUCUCCAAGAUCCCUCCCGGGGUCUUCAACAAGCUGGAGAACCUGGUGCUGCUGGACCUGCACCACAACAAGCUGAGCGACGGCGUCUUCAACAAGAACACCUUCAAGGGGCUCAAGAACCUCAUGCAGCUCAACCUGGCCCACAACAUCCUGAGGAAGAUGCCCCCCGGCGUGCCCAGCAUCCACCAGCUCUUCCUGGACAGGAACAACAUCGAGGACAUCCCCAGCGAUUAUUUCAAGGAGUUUCCCAACCUGGCUUUCAUCCGGCUCAACUACAACCAGAUCUCGGACAAGGGGCUGCCCAAAAAUUCCUUCAACCUCACCAACCUGCUGGUGCUGCACCUGGCCCACAACAAGCUCACCAACGUGCCCUUCAUCAGCCCCAAGCUGGAGCACCUCUACCUGAACAACAACUCCAUCGAGAAAAUCAACGGCACCCAGAUCUGCCCCACCUCGCUGGUGUCCGUCCAGGAUUUCUCUCCCUCGGACCACAGCGUGCCCCGGCUGCGCUACCUGCGGCUGGACGGGAACCUGCUGAAGCCGCCCAUCCCUCUGGACCUGAUGCUGUGUUUCCGCCUGCUGCAGUCCGUGGUGUUUUAGCCUCGCCCCGCCUCUCCCAGGCUUUGCUCGGACACUUCAGACACGUGGGACCCUCUCUCCUCCCUCUCUCCCCCUGCUCUCUCUCGCCUCCAUCCCUCUCCUCGUUUUCCCCCUUUUCCUGCCCCUGCGGGGACAGCGGUGGCCUCCUUGGGGACCGCGCUGUGCCGUGUCGCAGCUCGCUGUCCUUGUCCCCCGGCCCUUGUCCCCGGUUCCGUCUCUCCCUUGGUGCCCCCGCAAGUUUUGGGCUCGGUCCGGAUGGAGCCGCUGGGCUCGGGGUGUGUGCAGCACCAAGAAACAUUCCCGGUGGGUUUUGGAGCUGGGAUGGGAUGAGCAGGGGCUGAGGGUGGUGGGAUGUGUAGAAGUCAGGGAGGAUGGACAAUCAGGCCAUCGCAGGGGAUGGGGACGCUCCUGUCGCCCUUCUGGAGAGCUUUGGCUCCACGUUUCUCCAGAGGAGGAGGAUCUAAAUCCCGUCUGGAGCUGUGCAUGUGCAGGGAUGGAGCAGGGAGGGUUCCCUGCCCCUGUGUGGGGGGAACACCUUCCCACACCCCCUGGGCAGAGCAGACCCUGCCCGGCUUCAAAUCCCCAUCCUAGAACCGACCCAUGGGGACACAGCCCCAUCCCAAAAUCCUGAUUUCUUCCCUGUAAAAUCUGGACCAAGGACCACAUCCAUGAGACCACAGCCCCAUCCCAAGAUCCUGAAUUCUUCACAGCCCCAUCUCAAAAUCCUGCAUCUUUCCCUGUAAAAUCUUCGGAUGUAGAACCACACCCCUGGGGCCGCAGCCCCGUUCCAGUGUCCUGCAUCCUUCCCUCUAAAAUCUGGGAGCAAGGACCACAUCCAUGGGAUCACAGCCCCAUCUUAAAAUCCUGAAUCCUUCUCUCUAAGCUGAGGGACACAGGACCACAUAAAUGGGGUCACAGCCCCAUCCCAAAUCCUGAAUCCUUCCCUGUAAAAUCUCGGAUCAAGGGCCACAUCCAUGGACCAACAGCCCCAUCCCAGCAUCCUGCAUCAUUCCUGCAAAAUCUGAGGAUGCCAGGACACAUCUGUGGGAUCACAGCCCCAUCCCAAAAUCCUGAAUCCUUCCCUCUAAAAUCAUUGGAUGUAGAACCACAUCCAUGGGGCCACAGCCCAUCCCAAAAUCCUGAAUCCUUCCCUCUAAAAUCUGGGAUCAAGGACCACAUCCAUGGGAUCACAGCCCCUUCCCAAAAUCCUGAAUUCUUCACAGCCCAUCCCAAAAUCCUGAAUCCUUCCUCUUAACUGGAGGGAUACAGGGCCACAUAAAAGGGGUCACAGCCCCAUCCCAAAAUCCUGCACCCACAUCCAUGGGAUCACAGCCCCAUCCCAAAAUCCUGCAUCGUUCCUGUAAAAUCAGAUCUGUGGGGUCACAGCCCCAUCCCAAAAUCCUGCAAUCGUUCCCUGUAAAAUCAGGUCUGUGGGUCACAUCCCCAUCCCAAAAUCCUGCCCCCCUUCCCUCUGAGAUCUGAGGCUCCAGGGCCACAUCCACGGCUCAGUUUCUCUCCGGAGCCAAUCACACAUGGCUGGGCUUUGCCUUGUUUUUUAUUUUUUUUAUUUUUUUUUUUUUAUUAGAAAUAAAAGGAAGGGAGAAGAAAAGGGAAGAAUCAUCCUUUGGAAGGGCUAUUUUUAUCCCUGCUCUUCCCCAUCCCCACAUGUAUCUCUUCCCCCUCUAUAGCUGUACCUGCAUUUAUUGGGUCUCCGGGUUUAGGGGGGAUUAUUCUCUUCUUUUCUUCCCGAGUCUCAGGAUUUGGAUUUAAAGGCCGAGCAUUAGAGAGAGGGAAAAAAAAAAAAAAAAUCAAAACCCAACUGCAAUGAGCAUUAAAUAAAUCAAAGAAAGCUCCUUUUGUGCCCAGCCUGCAGAACUGACCCUGCCCAGGACGGCCACGGACGGGCACCGUGCCCUCCUCCCUGCAGCUGGCACAGGGACGCUCCCCUUUUCCCAUUAAUUAAAACCUCCUGCUAAUUAAGGAGGGUAAAAUCUCCUUUGCAGCUCUCCCUGCAGUUGGGUGGGGACAGGUUUGAGCCCUAAACCCGGACGGAGCCCCCCUGGAUUUAUGUAUAUUUAUAUCUGAUGUGUAUAUAGACUGGUAGAAUGUACAGAUAUUCCCAACGGCGCCCGCGGCCUCCCAACCCGGCGACUUUACGGGUUUUCACUCCCACUCCCUGCAGCAGUGGAAAUAAAUCAUUCACAAGGGA